GUCUGCAGCUAGCACAUUAGAUAACGGAUAUAAUGUUAACCGAACAAAACUGCUAAUUAUAGGCGCAUGUAUUCGAAAAGUGCAAUGAUUUACUGUCGUAUUUUAGUACCACCAUGCCUUUCGUGGACGGAUAAGAGUCUGCAAGAGAGCAAAAUGUUAAGCUAGCAAAGCUAGCCACUUUCCCAGCUAACGUUAAUAAUAAUAGAUAGGCUGAGCGGUGCUAGCCCACGCUAGCUGAGGGUAAAAGUGGUAAAGUCCCGUUGCGUUUUCAGCAUCCUCCACUACGGUACCUAAACAAAAAUUCCUGAGUCUACAAGUCUACAAUGGGAGGGGUAAAACAAGAACUGAGUGAUGCCCCUGCAUCCAAGAGUACUCAUCAUUCAGAAUCCACGCAGGAAGAAAAAAACCUUUCACUCACUGCACAGCCCGUAAAGAAGCGUGGAUGGCCCAAGGGGAAAAAGAGGAAGAAGGUGUUACCCAAUGGUCCUAAGGCACCAGUGACUGGAUACGUGCGCUUCCUUAAUGAGCGACGGGAACAGAUUCGUGCCUUGCAUCCUGACCUUCCUUUUCCUGAGAUCACCAAGAGACUCGGGGCAGAAUGGAGCCGCCUCGCUCCCCAUGACAAACAGCGUUACCUGGAUGAGGCUGAACGAGAAAAAAUGCAGUAUGCACGGGAGCUAAGAGAGUAUCAGAAAAGUGAAGCAUACCAGCUCACAAAUGCAAAAAUCCAGGACAAAAAAAUUAAGAAAGAGGAGUUGACAUCUGUCAUUAUCAAUGCCAAUAGUUCAGGAUCAGCCACUUUCAAGGGUUCAGAUUUGUCCAACAGAUUUGACGUGCCGAUUUUCACUGAGGAGUUUCUGGACCAGAACAAAGCACGAGAGGCAGAGCUUCGGCGGUUGCGGAAAGCUAACAUGGAGUUUGAGGAACAGAACGCUGUCCUGCAGAAGCACAUAGCCGAUAUGUUCAGUGCCAAAGAGCGGUUGGAAGCUGAGCUUGGCCAGGAUGAGGUCCGCACGCAAGCUUUGCACCGCCGCUUGCAGGCUAUCAAACAGACACUGGUCAGCAGUCUGGCCUCUGUGCCCCUGCCAGGUACAGGUGAGACCCCCUCAGUUGGAACUCUGGACUCUUACCUGAGUCGUUUGAGCAGUGCCUUAGAAAGCAGUCCUCAUGAGCACCGGGCUCUACUGCUCAAGCUCCAAGAGCUUUUGGCUCAUUUAGACAGUGAGAAACUCUGAGAACCAUGUGCAGCAGACGGGUGAGAGUGCCAGGAGGGCAGUUUCACCCCAGUAACCUGUAGAGAAUAUCUUUGCCUUACAAGGUGUAGCAAUGGUGCCUGAAGAUCUAACUGGACACACUUGGAACUUCUUUUGUAUUUCUUUUUUGUUUCCUUAAAUUGAUAGGUUCACUGCGAAUAUUGUAUAUCAUCUUGGUUUUAUGGUAUGUAGAACUCAUUGUACAAAAGCAUUGGUUGGUGAAUACAUUCUCCAAAUUA